AUGCCUCGCGGUUAUCGCUCCACCACCGAAUACUGUUUCGGCGAAGAACAGACCGAUUCCAUUGUUCGAACCGCCGCCUACCAUCGCAAAGACUACUGUCUCUCUGUUAUCUGGUUUUCGCCUCGUGAACAUGUCGAUAUUCGUCUAUCAAUAGCAACACCCUUCCGGUGGACUUCGCCUAUGGGACUCGGCUCCCUCGAUCGGCUACCCCUCGAGCUCUUGCAUGACACGUUGUUUCGUCUGGAUAUGCAUUCUCUAUUCAAGUUUCGACAAGCAAAUCUCAGAUCGAGACAGACGGUAGACUCUCUCAAGCAGUAUCAGAUGGUAGUCUCGCAUGGACUGAACCUUCUCUGCGCCUUGUUACGAACACGACUUGCCGUCGGCAUUUCUCUACUCGACUUUUACAACGCACUAUGUACCAAGGCUUGCACUCUUUGCGGCGAAUUCGGCGGAUUUAUAUCCCUCCUAACUUGGAAGCGAUGCUGUUUCAAAUGCCUCCAGGAGGCUCCAGAAUUCCAAGUACAAACUCUCAACACUGCCCGAAAGCAAUUCCACUUGACCAAGGCCAUGUUGAUUUGCGAACGGCAACCACGUCCACUGGCACAAGCCCGACCAGCGAGCUCAGAACGAAAUCAAAAAUUCAACUUUAUGGGGUCGUGCGCACUUCCUUAUUACGAUAAACUAACUGGAAAAGUCGAACACGGACUGUCGUGUGCCGGGUGUCAACUUGGUCUUGAAAAAGACAUCAUCGGCACUAGGGGCGAGAAAUGGGCAUUCGAGGCUCGAGACAAAGUAUAUGCGCGAGAUGGCUUUUUGCAACAUUUUCGAUGGUGUGAACAGGCACAGCUCCUGUGGAGAUCGAGUGGCGAAGGUAACAACCGGCCAACUGAGCUACCAGAGGCUGCUCGGAGAGGAGGCUACUUCAACAAGAGAGAAUGA